GAGAGAGAGAGAGAGAGAAAUGUUCUGCUCAUCUCCUUUAAGAUCCUGCUGAUUUGUGCUCCUCUUGCUCCUGAUAUAAUAAGCUAAAGCUGUCACGGUGCCAGAGCUGUGUGUUUUGCACACUCCAUAAUAUUUCAUGCUGCCGGUGCCUUUCCGGAGACAGAGCCACAGCCACAGCACCAUACAGAGCUCACACGGUGCCUGGAAGUCAAGGAUUUGAUCCCGUGGAAAAGCGACUUAUUCUCUUGGGGAUUAUUGUGUUUGAGGUUGCCUGGGACAUGGGUGCCACUCACGGGAAAAAGAAGGAAUACUCGCUCCACUCCAAGUUCCACAAUGACAAUAGGAAACACAUAAUGAAUGGAUCGGCUUCCAUGUACUCGGAGCUACAGAGAGAGCCGCCGGAUAUUGGGAGUAUCCUCACCCAUCCGGAUUAUCUUGAUGGGAAUCCUGAACUAAUCAAGCCCAAGAAGAUCCUUAAUCCGGUGAAAGCCUCCAGAAGCCACCAGGAACUCCAACGAGAGCUGCUGAUGAACCACAGGAGAGGUGUCGGGAUUGAGCAGAAGCCGGAGCUGCAGCGAGUCCUGGAACACCGACGGAGAGACAAAAUCUUCCAACAGAAGAAAGAAGAGGAAGAGAUAAAGAAACUCCAGUCUCCGUUUGAACAGGAGCUGUUAAAGAGACAGCAGAGGCUGGAGCAGCUUGAGAAAGACCAAGAGCCGCUGACGGAGGCGGAACGAGCGCCAGAAUUCGUUCAAGUAAAGGAGAAGUUAAGAAGAACGACGAUGUUGCGCAGCGAGGAGAGAGUGGCGUAACUGAGACCUUAUGAAUAAUUCUAUGGAGGAGGCUUUGCUGCGUAACUCCCUGCACUCUGUUACCCGCUGUCGCUACGUCUUUCAGCCCCGCCCCCUCGCAGAUUAGGGCUCUGUGUCGACAAAUGUGGCUUUUUCCGUCUAUCUGCCCAGCGCCACCGCAGCAGCCGCAUUACGUCUAGGGUUGCCACUUGGCCGGUAUUUUACAGGCCUGGCCGGUAACAAUGACGGCUGAUCCCAAUGUUAUUAAUAGGGAAAAAGAUAAAUAUAUAGGCAGGCCGGUAUUUUUUUCCGGAAAAGGUGGCAACCCUAAUUACUUCCUGACGACUAAACUCAGAGGCGACUAACAACUCGCAAUAUGGCGGCUAAGUGAGUGGCAGUUUGUGGGUAACCGUGGGAAUUCGCUUUCCAAGAUGGUCGCCUGUAUAUUCCCCACGAGUGCGUCUCCUGUUCUCUGGCGUCUCGUUAUCCCGAGCCCAGUUGGCCUUAAAUGCUGGACUUACAGGAAGGGGCGGAGCAACCAGAGAAGUGGCGGCCAUAUUGCUGGGCGGGACUUGCAGAAUUGGUUUUGGGAACUGACGGGUUUGCUAUAAUGUUGCCGUCGGCAACACUUAAUUGUGUCAAAUGGUGUCACUUGGGGUAUAAAUGUAUUUAAUCUUAUUGUACCCCACGCGGUGGCCCCCCAGGUCACUGAUGCAUUUUGCUCUUUAGGUAACGACCCUAUGAAAUAAUUGUUUGUGUCUCUCUAUCACCCCCAUACAGACCCCAUGUAUUAACCCCCAUACAGACCCCGUUUAUUAACCCCCAUACAGACCCCGUGUAUUAACCCCCAUACAGACAACCAGGACCUUUAGGUGAUUGUGUCGCUGACAUAUACAAGAGCUUUGCUCAAACCCACAGAAAGGGAAAGGGACACUGUCAUGUGAAAAGAACAAAUAGUGUUACCCAUCACUGCUUGUGAUUGCUUUACAACCUGUGAGUAUUUUUAUUAUCCUUUAUUUCUAUAGCGCCAACAUAUUCAGAAGCGCUGUGUGGAGAUUAUACUUCAGUCCCAGUGAGUUUACAAUCUAAGGUCCCUAUCAUAUUCCCAUUAGUUCCUGCCCUAGUGAGCUUACAAUCUAAGGUCCCUAUCCCGUUCCCAUCAAUCUCUGUCCCAGUGAGUUUACAAUCUUAAGUCACUAUCACAUUUCAUCAGUACCUGCCCCAGUGAGCUGGCAAUCUAAGGUCCCUAUAACAUUCCUAUCAGCGCUGGUCCCAGUGAUCUUACAAUCUAAGGUCUCUACCACAUUCCCGUCAGUCCCUGCCCCAGUGAGUUUACCAUUUAAGGUCCAUAUCACAUUCCCAUCAGUCACUGUCCCAGUGAGCCUAAGAUCUAAUAUCCCUAUCUCAGUCCCUGCCCCAGUAAGCUUACAAUCUAAGGUCCCUAUCACAUUCCCAUCAGUCGCUGUCCCAGUGUGGUUACAAUCUAAGGUCACUAUCU